CACCCUCCCUGAACCUUCUCCAGGACUGGGGCGACAGCUAGACGAGGAGAGGACCCCGCAGUGCUGUGUGGAUGGAGAGGCUGAAGUGAAGCUGGAGUGAAGGAGACUCCAUGGGGAGGCCCAGAGAGGACAGAUCAGACCCUAGCUAGCUUCCUCUGGGGCCUAUAUGCUGACCUUUGUUGACAUGAGGACCAAAAAGUCAGCUGCUGAUAGGCUCCGGGAGAAGGUCUGACAUAUGUGUCUGCAAACAGCCUUGUCCCAUUCCUCCUGGUGUCCCAGCCCUAGGAAGAUAAGGACCAGGCUCCUGUGGAGGACAGUUCCUCUUUCUGUGUGGCUACUGAUGUGUCAAUCCGUCUCCCAGAACACCAGGGCAACAAAGGCCACAUCCUGCCUGUCUGUCCAUAGGCCAUUUGCAGAGCAGCAGCCAGUGAGACAACACUAUGACCUUCACCCUCACUGUCCUCCUCAGCCUCGGUGAGAUGCGAAGAUGGGAAGGAGAUAUGGAGUCUGGGACAGACCUCACCCCACAGCCAGGCACUGGCCUAUGAGGAGACACCAGAGCUUCUGGAGGUGGUGGGGGGAGAGGACCUGCUCGGGUUCCAGGGGCAAAUCUUUCAUAGGGACCUCUCUUCCAGGGCUGUGUCUGGGCUCCAGGAACACAGCAAAGGCAGAGAUCUCCACACCUACCAUUUGGGCUGAGCCAGGUUCUAUUGUCACCUGGGGGACACCUGUGACCAUCUGGUGUCAGGGGACCUUUGGAGCUCUGGAGUAUUAUCUGGAUAAAAAAGGAAGCCCACCACACUGGGACAGACAGACCCCACUGGAGCCUGGGAACAAGGCCAACUUCUCAAUCCUGUCCAUGACAGAGCGCCAUGCAGGGCGAUAUUGCUGUUACUAUCGCAGUCCUGCUGGGCUGUCAGAGUGCAGUGACCCCCUGGAGCUGGUGGUGACAGGAGUCUACAGGAAGCCCACCCUCUCAGUCUUGACCAGCUCUGUGGUGGCAUCAGGCAGGAACGUGACCAUUCAGUGUGGCUCCCAGCUGGCAUUUAGCAAGUUCAUUCUGAGUAAGGAAGGAGAACACCCGCAGUCCAGGACCCUGAACGCACAGCUUGUGCGCAGUGGACAGAUGCAGGCACUGUUCCUUGUGAGCGCCCUGAACUCUACCCAGAGGUGGACACUCAGAUGCUACGGCAGUUACCAGAACAAGUCCCAUGUCUGGUCAGAAUCCAGUGACCCCCUGAAGCUCCUGGCGUCAGAGUCACAGCCCCAGGACCACACAGUGAAGAAUCUCAUCCGGAUAGCUAUGGCUGGCUUAGUCCUCGUGAUUCUUGGGAUUCUGCUGUUCGAGGCUUGGCACAGCCAGAGAAGGACCCAGCACGCAGCCAUGAGCUUACAUAGGAGAGAGACCCACAGCUUUGGUUCUCAAGCACAUACCCAAGUGGGAAAUAUAUAUGUGCAACACGAUGCAGUCACAAGAAUAUGAGCAGGAGUGUCUUUUUGGAAAUACCAAAGGUCAUAAAAUAGAAAAGUCCAUCUAUCCAAACAAAGAACAUAUUCCGGCCAUCUAUGGCCACACUGGAAUAUUACAGAGGA